AUGGAUAAAGUUGUGAGAAUGUCUUCAGAGAAAGGAGUGGUUAUAUUCAGCAAGAGCUCGUGUUGCAUGUCUUAUGCGGUCCAAGUCCUCUUCCAGGAUCUUGGGGUUCACCCGACCAUCCAUGAGAUCGAUAAAGACCCUGACUGUCGUGAGAUCGAGAAAGCCCUAAUGAGGCUCGGGUGUUCCACGCCAGUCCCAGCCAUCUUUGUGGGCGGGAAGCUCGUGGGUUCGACCAAUGAAGUCAUGUCACUGCACCUAAGCGGCUCGCUGGUUCCGCUGGUUAAGCCAUUUCAGGCCAAUCUAUUUUAA